AUGGCUUCUCAGAACCAUACCCUUCUCGAGUACGCUAGGCACUACAAGCUCGCCGAGGACUCUGACAGCUAUGCCCAUCUCGCCUAUGAGGAUGAGACCUUUGAGUCCGACAUUAGCUCGUCUCUCCCGGCUCUCCCCCCUCACUGCCAGGGGCUCCGACCUGAGAACCCAGAACAACGCAUGGGAGAACUUGAGUAUCGCUUCUGUAGCGAUAUCUAUUACUCAAAACUCCCGAAAGACCCCAAGGCGGUGGACCUGCUGAGCACCUGUCUAAAGAGCGACGUGCAGAACAAGAACAUCUGGCGCGGCAUCCUUCCCAAGGUUGACCUAGAAGAGGAUGCUCCUGAGCCAGAACUGAACUCAGCUGAGGGAGAGAGGCUCCUCGCAGGUCACCCAUCGUCUCAGGUUCGAGAUUACGAAAACAACUACCCGCCGUCUGUCUCGUCAAAUGAGUCCGACGACAUGGAAACCGAAGACAUGGAGUCCGACGAUAUGGAAACCGACGACAUGGAGUCCGACGAUAUGGAGACCGACGUGGAUGAGGAUCAGGUCGAUCAAUCCACUUCCGAAGAUGAGGAAAACCCGAAUGUCCCGGAGUUCUCUCGCGACGUCUUUGAGCUGUACAACUCGGAGGAGCUGUCCCAGCAAAGCGGCAUCCAUUACGAUCAAUCUGGCAACCCCGUGUACGUAUCUGGCUACACCGCUUCAGCCUCCCAGAAUGUCGGCAUAGCGGCUGGUCACGGCGGACAAAUUGACAGUUCCAUUCUGGAGCCGGGAACACAGGAGUUGCCGUACGAAAGUCUCGAAACUGACUCUGUCUUCUUUGCUCAUAACGAGUACCAGCUUCCCUAUGUCGCCGAGGAAGGAAUUGAUGAGGAAAUGUAUGAUGACAAUGAGGACGGGGAGUACGAGGAUGACGAAGAGUACGAGGCUGAUGAGGAGGACAGCAUGGAUUAUCAUUAA